AUGGCCGCUGCAAUCAAGGCAAUCAAUGCUAAGAUCCGUUCCAACAAGGUUCUGGAUUAUGUCUGCUCAACACACUUCUGGGGCCCUGUCUCGAACUUCGGUAUCCCCAUGGCUGCUGUGAUGGACACUCAGAAGGACCCUGAAAUUAUCUCCGGACAGAUGACUGCUGCGCUCACAGUCUACUCCGCAACCUUCAUGCGUUACGCCCUCGCUGUCUCUCCCAAGAACUACCUCCUCUUCGCCUGCCAUGCCAUCAACUUCUCCGCUCAGCUGACCCAAGGAUACCGUUACCUGAACUACUGGAACUGGGGAGGCCGGGAAGCCAAGCUCGCAGAGGCCGCCAAGCUGGGCAAAGAAGCCGCUACCAAAGCCGGCGCGUAA